CUUUUUUCUUCUUUUCUAAGCCUUUUUUUUUUUUUUCAAAUCUGAGCUUUCAAUUUUCCGUUCACGCACGCAUGGCCAUCACACGAUCGUCAGCUGCAAGCGCUGCAGCCGGCGACGCCGCGACCAAGAAGCAUGCUGAACAGCAACAGCAGCAAGAGCAUGACCGGCAGCAGCAACCAGCUGGCGGACGCUCGGGGCUUCGACUGCGCAUUGCCCCAGUGACAGGAACGGCGAAAAGCACGCAUGCGGCCGCACAGCAAGACGCAGCAGCAGCAGCGGCGGCUCAACGCGAGCAGUCGCAAGACCAGCUGCAGCUGAAGCGGUCAUCAUCGUCAUCGCAGAAAGGGCAGGCGAAGAAGCAGAAGCAGCAGCAGCAGCAGCAGCAGCGAAAGACUUGGCGGGAACGCGCUCGGCUGCGAAUCGAGAGCCGUCGUGCUCGGCUGCUGCCUCCGCCGCUGUCGGUGCGUGCAAAGGGCUUUGGUGGGCCGCUGGCGAGCGUGUAUGCGUCGUCCAUCUCGUCGUCGUCCUCGCCGCUGCUUGCCCCCGAGGAUGCGGAUUCCAAAAUGCUGCCGCAGCGCGAGACAGCGCUCGAUGCCGCCUCAACCUCAGCCAGCAGCCGUGGUGCUGGUGUGGGCGGUGCUGGUGCUGGCACUACUACUACUACUACUGGUGAUGCUGGUGCUGCAGGUGCUGCAUCGACUGCGAGCGUGUCUCGGCCUGCCCAGGACGAACAUCGCGACGCUGUUGCCAACCCUCACAAGCUCAUGGACCAGCUCAAGCGCCCCGAGAUCAACCCCUUUGACUACGAUUACCGGCAUGCAACCGUGCCACAAUAUAUCAAGAUGGCCGUGUGCGGAGCAAUUCUGAUUCCAGUCAGACUGUUUGGCAUCAUUUGUGUGCUCGUGUACACCUGCAUCCUGUCCCACAUUGUUUUCUUUGGCAUUGACGGAACAAACUUGACAGAACCGUUGGCUGGGUGGCGCGCUCCGGUACUGCAUUGGAACUUUCGCAUCCUUGCUCGCAUCUUGCUCCACUUUUGUGGGUAUUACCACAUCAAAACAACCGGCAAACUCGCCACCGUGCAAGAAGCGCCCAUUCUGUGCCUCGCCUCCCAUUCGACCUUUUAUGACUUUUUCCAUCUCGUGUACAAGAUUUUCCCGUCGUCGGUGACGCGCAAGGAGAACGUCGUGGCACCUGUUGUUGGCAAAAUCGUUUGCGGCUCGCAACCCAUUCACGUGGACCGAAUUGAUCCCAACUCCAAGCGCACGUGCGUCGAGCGCAUUUCCAACCGCGCCAAUUCGGGUGGCAAGUGGCCUCAGUUGUUCAUCUUCCCGGAAGGUACUUGCACCAAUCGCAAGGCUCUCAUCUCGUUCAAGAGCGGUGCCUUCAUCCCAGGCGUUCCCGUUCAGCCAAUCGCCCUCCGCUACACAAACAAGCACUAUGAUCCUUGUUGGGUGUACGGUGGCCCGAGCGUGCUUCGCGGUCUCUUGUUCCUCCUGGCUCAGCCUGUCAACUAUUUGGAGGUGCAGUUCCUUCCACCGCACGUGCCAACCGAAGAAGAGCAGUCAUCGCCCGCCCUGUUUGCCAAUAAUGUCCGGAACAGCCUUGCCGCUGCGCUCAACGUUGGUGUCACUGAGCAUUCGUAUGAAGAUGUCCAUUUGUGUGAAAUGGCGGAUCCCAUGGGCCUUCCUGGCGUGACGGCUGUUGUCGAGUUUUCUCGAUUGCAAAGCGUGCUGGGCUACGAUCUUGCAGAAUUGGAAGAGUUGGUGGAGGUCUUUUCACGCAUCGAUCGGAAUCACGACGGGCGGUUUGAAGCGGCCGAUUUGGCCGAGUUUUUGCGUCUGCCGCUGACCAAAGAGGUUCAAGAUUUGUUCAGACUGUUUGAUUAUGAUUCUCGCGGAUUUGUCGACCUGCGCGACUAUGUCAUUGGAUUGCGCGUCUGGUGCGAGCCCACUGUGUCUGAAGCUCUGAUUUCCAAAGUAUUCAGCGCUCUCAAGGAUCCAUCGUGCAACGCAAUUACUACAAGAUACCUGAAGGAAAAGCGUCAUCCACGCCUCGCCUUCCUUUCGGAUGAGCAACUUGAUUUGCUAGGGCGGUUGUUCGAUUCGAACAAUGAUGGAUUGAUUUCGAAGGACGAUGUGCAAAGCCUGUUCUUGCUCUUGCUGCACCCCGAGUACGCGAAAUUGGCCUCCAUGCUGUCAUGUUGAGCUCGUUCCUCGCGGUCUCAUAUUUUGUGUCUAUCGUGUCUGUCGUGUCUAUCGUGUCUGUCGUGUGCCAGCUGCACACUUUGGUUGUGCUUUGUAAAUGGUGAAGAAUGACAUUGGAUUUGUCUCCCA